GGACAGGGCCCUCCCGAUACCGCUGUUAGCCCCGGUCACGAUGACCGUCUUCCCCCGCAUCGUACCGGCCGCAUACCGGAGCAGCUUGCCGGCUUUUUUCGCUGGAAACAAGCGGCGCAUGAGGACGAGGACCCCGCCGCCGACAACAGCGGCGAUCAGCACCGCGGCGGACAUGGAAGCGGGAACCGGAGACAGGGGAAUUUCUUCCAGCUGUGGUAACAGGACAAAAUGAUGUAUCCCUUCCAAGUGACCUUUAUUCUGGCUUUAAUCCUCUUCACUUUAAAAGGCCAGCACAUGAACAGCUGUACUGUUACCCCGAAAGAUCUGUACAUUGAGCUGGGAUCCGACACUGUGGUAGAUUGCAAGACGUCAUGUGUCAGUGGCAAAAUCUUCUGGACUCUGAACAACAAACGCAUCGACGAGCGUCUGUCAAAAACCAUCAACACCUCACUCACCAUCCUGUCACUGACCAACUUCACCCAACAGAGAGCUAUGCUGCAGUGCCACAGUGCAAAUACUGAGCAAGUCCUUGGCGGCACCUUCAUCAGCACCUACACAAAACCCAGCAAAAUAUCAUGCAAGUUGCAUUAUAAAACUCUAUCCGAGGGUGUACCACAACUGUUCACGUGCAACUGGCAGCAUAAGAUUAAUUAUUCACAAGGAAUAAAUUACACUGUUUUUGUCUCUUCAUCAAGUGAUUCCAUGAGUGAAAUGUGCAGCUCGCAUAAAACCAGGUGCACCUCCACAAAUAUAUCUGGUAAAAUAUACCUGACCAGUUACUUCAAUGUUACUGUGAGAGCUACAACUAAUGCUUGGAAAACUUACUCCGACCCUCAGGAAUUUUAUCCCUAUUCCAUAUUGGAAAUUGUCCCUCCGAAGAUAAACGUAUCCGUCAAGUCUGCUAAUAAUGUGUCGAUUCAGUGGAAACGCUCCGCCGCCAGGAGUAGGGAAGACAUAAACUGUGAAGUCAAAUACACUGAGACUGUCGGUAACAAAACUCCAGAGGUGCUCAGUCAUAUUUUAAAGCCAGGAGAAAAUGGGAAUGUAUCUAAGAAGCUAAACAUCUGCACAAAAUACAAUGUUUCAGUCCGCUGUGCUUUGAAAAGCGCCCCCUGGAGCGAGUGGAGCCCGGAGAAGGAGGUUCUGACUGAACUUAAUAAGAGUGAUGUCAAGCUGCACCUGUGGAGGACAGUAACCAAACCAGAUACAAAUGGAAUCAGAAAAGUUCAUGCCAUGUGGAUGCCGAUUCCCGCAACAUGUGAUGGGACAUUUACCUACGCAGUCAGACAGAUUCCCUACAAGCAACACACAACUGGGGUCAAUUACACGGAGACUUUAUGCAGCAAUUCAACUUGUAAUGUUGAAGUGAAUGAAGACGAACACAGAAUAAAUCUCAGAGUGUUCAAUCAUGAAACUCUGUUUGCCGAGGACUCUGUUUACGUUCCAGCCACUGCAGGGAGCCUCCGUCACGUUACUGAAAUCCAGACUUCAGCUGUAGACGGUGUUGUCCUGGUCAGCUGGACGCCUCCUGUUCAGCCAGUCAGAGGUUACAUGAUCGACUGGACCCAUGAUGGAAAACAAUAUUACUGGAAUGAGAGCAAAUACACUAACACGUCGCUGUUUGACCUCCUUGAUAAGAAGCAAUACAACAUCACAGUAACUCCCCUCUUUGAUGACAAGACGGGUCAUGGCUCACAAGCCGUUCAGAUCUGCUCUAGAAUAGGAGAUCCAGCGAACAUUACUAUCGACAGUGUUCGAGCUAACGACAGAAGUGCCACUGUGAGCUGGAUCACAAAGUCGCAGGAGGAAUGCAGUGGGGCUGUAAUCAACUACACUGUCUUCUGCAGCACUCAGGAAGGACCAACGCUCAAUGUAACUGUAGAUAGCACAAAGCGGGAUGUAUUUCUCAAAGAUCUGAAUCCAAACACCCAAUAUAGCAUCUACAUCGAGGCCACAGCUUCCACUGGAACUUCUAAAAGCAGAGAGAGUCUUUUUAAAACCAAAACAUUUGAUCCGAGGAUGAUCAAAGUGCUCAGUGUCUCUGGAAGCAUCGUCAUAAUUCUUCUGUUAUCUCUUGGAAUAUGCUGCACAAUUCAAUGGAAGAAAUUCAAGGAGAAGCCAGUGCCGGAUCCAGGACACAGCUCUCUGGCGUUGUGGCUGUUACCAGAUCAUCAAAAGGGAAUGUGCCUCUUCCAGGCUUUCAGUAAUCCGUCUGAAAGCUUCUGUGACAGGGUUUAUACAGAGGAAAUGCAGAAAAAGCCAGCCCGUCCGUCAGCUAGAGGCCAUAACCCAGCCUUUGAUGAAGCUGAGGAAUAUUACAUUCCAACCGCAGCUCGUACACCAAACCUACAAAUUGAUAAACCAGAUGAACAUGUUGAGACACACCUGUGCUUGUCUGAAGAAUCCACAGAGUUACUGUCAAUGAGGAACAAGCCUGGCAGCCCCUAUCGGAGUCAGAGUUCUGUGGAAAAACCUGAUCAGAGGACAGAUAAACUAAGUAUGCGUUUUCCAGUAAAACAGCCAGAAAAGAAACCAUUGAUGACUGUUUAUGUCACUUUGAACAUGUUGAAAGAAGGGCCGUUGAGAGAAACAGAAUCAAACUCCAAGAUCCAGGAAUGUAUCAGAUCUGAAUAAAGAUUUCCUAAUUCAUGUUUCCACAGUGGGUGUUGCUUGGUACUGUGACCAAUUAUCGUAAACUAAUAUAAGACUUCAUCACCCAGGUUCUCUGUGUAAAUAAAAGUACAAUAUGCUGCUGUCUAUCCUUUGUGAAUACAAAUGUGUCAUAUAUAUAAUUAAACAAUGUGUAUAUUUACCUGAUGUAAAAAAUAUUGUGACAACUGUAUGUGCCAUUAGUAACAGUUUUUUAUGUGGAUCUAUGUGGACCAAAUAUUCUGCACUGCAAACUAUAUUCUUUAUUUUGUUGUACAAUUUAUAUUAUAGUGCAUGAUAACCCCCACCAGUGUGUUCCAUCAGUAAGCAAAUGUUAAUAUAGGAACUGAUAUGUUGUUGUUAACCCCAUAAUUUUAUCAAUGUAUAUAAUAAAAAUAAGAUUUCCUGUCAAACAUUCAGAAAUUCCUAAAUGUUUCAGACUUUGUUAAACACCACAGGGCAGUGACAGUCUUAUUUUAUUUGAUGCUAUACACACUCAAAAUAAAAAUCUGUGUACAAUUUCAUGUUUAAAUUGUGUAUGGGCAGUGAUAGUGAAAUUAUGGUGAAGUACUUGCAU